AUGGAAGUUGACGAUUCACUUCCUGCUGAUUAUGUGGGGAAGCAUAGUGAGGACGAGCUGCUGUUGUUGAAUGAUGCAGUUUUAGUACCAUCAAGUUCAGAACCAUCCACACCGGUUCAUGAAACUCAACAAGAACAAAGUGAGCUUAUUCCUCCAUCGGAACAGAAAGAGGAAAUGAAGGCAAUGUUUGAAAUGAGUAUGGUUGGUGAACUAACUUAUUUCUUGAGAUUGCAAGUGAAGCAAACAGACUCAAGUAUCUACAUCAACCAAGCAAAGUAUGCAAAAAAUCUAAUCAAGAGAUUUGGACUGGAUAAGGUUACCCAUGCUAGAACACCAAUGGCUGCAAAUGCGAAAUCAGCAAAUGAUCCAUCAGGUGAAUCUGUUAAUGUUACAUUAUGUAGAAGCAUGAUUGGAUGUCUUUUGUAUUUGACUACUAGUCGACCUGAUAUUACCUUUAGUGUUGGUGUUUGUUCUAGAUUUCAAUCUAAUCCUAAGGUUUCACAUUUAAAUCUUGUUAAAAGAAUCAUAAAGUAUGUUGGUAGAACUUGUGAUUAUGGAUUAUUUUAUAGCAAAGAGUCUAAUCUGUCUUUUGCUGGUUUUUCUGAUUCUGAUUGGGCUGGUAAUGCUGAUGAUAGAAAAAGCACCACUAGUGGAUGUUUUUAUGUAGGAGCCAAUCUUGUUGCUUGGAUGAGUAAAAAGCAAAAUUAUGUGUCUUUGUCUACUGUAGAGGUAGAAUAUAUUGUUGCUGGAAAUUGUUGCUCACAGCUUCUUUGA